CUGGAAGUGCUGCAGCCGGGGAGGAGAGCAGGGGAGAGGAGGGGGGAGCGGUGACAUUGUGAAAGAGCGUUCCUGGAUAGAGUUACAUUGCUCAGCAUUUGGAGUAGAGACCCCGUAGACCGACAUUAACGCCAGGAAAAUGUGGAGCUGAAUCCCCUCAGUUUUCCCUCUGAACGGCUCUGUAAACAGCGCGAGACGUCAUCAAUAAAGACUAGAAUGCCUCAGCUUGGAAGCCUGUUUAACCAGUUCAAUCUCAGCCCCAGAGAUUCAGAAAGUGCCCAAGGCCAGAGCACACCUCAGACGCCAACACUACCUGAUUUCAUACAACAUGUCAGGAAACUCACCGGGCUGAGAAAGGAAGAUGUUUAUAGUAAUCUGCGUAUCCCCGACCAGUUUCAGACCACCAAAGACGACAUCAACAUUGUUAUCCUCACAGGCCAGGGGAUCUUCUGCAUCGAUGUAAAACCCUGGAGAGGCACAGUGUCCGCUCACAACCAGAACUGGCACGUGCAAGUUAAAGAAGAGGACCAAAACUUUACCAAUACAUGCAUUGAGCAGAUUGAAGAUCCCCUCAAAGCUAUCAUGACCAAGACGGCUAACUUAUGUGGCCAUUUGAUGAGGACUGGAGUGUUGGUGCGCCAGAGCCUCUUCUUCCCCAGGGUUGUCUUCCUCUCUCCAGACUGUGAGCUGGAUGAGGAGCUGAGGAAGAGGAGGGAGCUGGUCUCCCACAGCCAGAUCGACGACUUCCUCCGGUCUUUCAGGGAAGGCUACGUCGCCUGGAUAUCAGAUGCACUGACUCCCUCCUGGCUCUCUGGUCAUCUGUCGUACAGGCAGAUGGAGUCAGUGCGGGAGGUCCUGAGGCGGGUGGGGACGUGGGAUCUGGUGCGGCUGCACGGUGGUGAGCAGCUGAAAGGAGACUACCAGGGCUGCCAGUACAUCGCUCUCAACCGGCAGGAGACGGACACGCUCGAGUUUUCCAGAGUCAGGACCCUGUCGGCUGAUUCGCUGUGGGCCCUGCUGGGACACACUCCUCAGGUAACAGUUAAAAUGUACAAGCGUGGCUCUCAGGGUUGGCUGGGUAAAUCCCUGAACGCCACUGCCACCAUCCCCUCCAACACCUCUGUGAUCUUCAGGAUCAGCGGUGAGGAAGCAGAUGCCAAAAUCCCAGCGAACACCAUUCACAGCAUCACGCUCAGCAACUGACAUAAGAGGAUAGCCAGCACAACAUGGCACUGUGGGUGUAUGCAGAUGCAAAAAAACCAAACUCUCAAUUUAGCUCAGACCUUUUUAUUGAGUGCCUUUUACUAUGCAGUGUUUGUAUUUUAUUAUAUUGUACUAAGAACUUAUGAAUGUCUUUAAGUGAGCAUUUAUUGUAAAAAACAAAAAAGAAAGAAAAGAAAAAGACCCAUUUGCCAAUUUCCCUAAUUUUCUGAUCCUCAGCACCAAUAUUAUGCUAAUGAAGAUGGUUUUAGACAAUUAGCCUGAUUAACUUUCUCUUGUUUUGAAUUUCUAGGGCUGGCCCACACUUUACACUAGCCAUUAAUUAAUCAUUACGCCAGCUGAUUGUGUCACAUCAGUUCAGGAUUGAAGUGUUUAAUGUGUUAAUUGUGGCAGUUAAAUACUGGUGGCCUCUAGUGGGAUGAGGGCCGAGCAUGUUACUACCUGCACGGGUUUAAUGGGCAGUGAUUUACGGUCUGUUUAGACGGUGUAACUGUAAGGUGCUUUAUUAAUAUGCUCCACUGUGCAGAGGAGAUGAUAACAUAUUCAAGAGUGCACAGGCGCAGCCACCAGCACCAUUCAUAAGCGUGUCUGAGUCACUUUCCAUCAGUUACCAGGCUUACACAGCUGCGCUAACAGCUAGCAAUUGUAUUUACUGUGCCUGGUCAUGGCCAAAAUGAAGUUAUUUCCAUCAAGAUAUCAGAGCCUUUAGUUAAUGCAAUAGAAGGAGCUCUCUGUGUUGAUGGUAUCUCUUUGCAUGGCAUCUCUCUACCUGAAACAUCAUUACACUCUACUCAAGCUCCUCACUUUUUCAAAUGUCUGUUUACUGUUUUACCUGAGGGACAGAUUGAACUAACAGCGCUGUGUUGGUUGCAAUUGUACGCACACAUUUUGUAGACUCUGGUUCUUUUUCAGAUCUUGGUCAACAUUGCUUGAAUUUAUGAUAAAUUUUGCAUAUUUGAACUUGAAGGAGCUGUAUACGAUGUUUAGAGCUUUCACACAUCAGCAAAGAACUAUUAUCUGUGUAGAGAUAUAGAAGAGUGAUGGCGCCAAGAAGGUUCAUCAUGUGAUGCCAUGGGGCCUCAGAACUUUUCCCAUAGACUUACAUUGUGAAAGACAUGCCUGUGAAUCAGUGGAUACAUUUUCUUGAGCUUCACAAUCUCCACAAAAUGGCUCGUUUCACUAUCAGAAUUUUAACGAUUCAUUCGGAUAUAGGGUCGUCUGCUGGGAUGGCAAAUGGAAAAUAACACACUUGUUUGUGGGGGGUCGUGACGACAACCACCCAACUGGACUGGACCCAAAAACUGCCAAUUUUAUGAAUUACAGUAGGCGAAUAUGCAAAUACUAAGAUAGCGAAGGAAUGGCCUGCCUUACUGUGCCUCUGAUUGGCUUACCCUGACCUUGCCACCCUAACCCCAACCAGUCCCACUCCUCUUGCCUAAACCUAACCAAUCCAGCUAAUGAAGGCAACGAGUACUCGCCAGUCAUAGGGAAUGUAGCUAUCCUCGCUAUCCUAGGAAUUUGCGUACCACAGUUGUCAGGACUGAGAACUGUGACAAAGACAGACAACUAGAGACAGAGACACAGACAGAGAAGGGGGGAGAGGUGGAAGGUGGACUAUUGCAUGCAAAGUUUCUGUCGGCCUGAGUAUUAAUAACUUACUUGAAACACUGCUUUUUUAUCUGCCCGCUAAAACCUGUGAUAUUUAUAUAAGGUUACAAGUAAAUCAAAAAUAAAAAAUGAGCAGUAGCCAAGCACAAGUGAAUGGAUACUGAUCUAUGGUGGUGGGAAAUAUUCAAGAUGGCAAUGACAAACCUGGUCAAUAAAAAAUGUACCACUUCGGCCAUCUAGCAGCCUGCGCUUCAUCUGGCAGAUAAACCCAACCUUAGUCUGAUAACAUUUUUAAGUCUAGAGCAGCACGAUUAAAUUAUUUUAUCCCCAUUCAAGGGCUAAAGUGGGAGUUAGCUGCUCGGCCACUGUAGGCCUCUGGUGUGCCUGCUCUGCGGGCACCAUGAUGCGGAGGAUCUAGGUAAUUUUCUGCCCAGGAAGUCGAGCUUUUUUGGUUCCGCGCACACCACUAAGCAACUUGCAUAGGAGUAAAUGGGGCUCCGUCUCCAACAAACUAGCCAGUUCACUUUAUACAUCCAUGGACAUCACUCUACCUCUGUGUGUUGUAGUCCAAGCUUCUCUGUUCUUUGUUGUGGUGGGCAGUCUGGCUGUGCGUGCAUGUUUGUACAUGUGAGACCAUGUGAGUGUGUUCCACUGGCUAGCUAAUCACCACUUGCUCGUACAGUGGUUACCCCCAGUGAUGUUAAUGGUAGUGAAUGCAAUGGGUGUACUGCUAGGAAGUUGAGCAGGUUACCAAGGAGGAAGUGGGUACACUCCCCUAAGAAUUCCGAUGGCUUUUUGGCUAAUUGGUGGGUAUGGUAAAAACAGACAGAAAAAGAGGUGGAUAUAUCAUGUAUACCUGUGUAUACCCUCCACUUCACCACUGGUUACCCCUGAUAUCAGGACAUUGUUGCCGUGAAGUCUAGUGCCCACCCUCUGGUUUUCCUCCAAGUUAGCAAUGCUAACUCUGUCAGCACUGUUGCCAUAGUUAGCACUAUAAAUGGAGUUAGCACCUUUAGCUGCUUGCCGCUAGCUCAGCUACCUCCAUGUUGAGAACCUAGUGCAGUCAAUCUCACCCCAGGCUUUGAAUGUUGCAUACAGCUCCUUUCAGAACUAAAGAGUGUCCUCAGGAACUGUUUUCUCCACAGCACUUGACAAACAUUUUUAGCAAAAUCAGACGAUACAAGUUGAGAAGGAUUUAAAGAACUUAUUAUAUGUAGUGUGUGGUGGUGGGUGCAUGCAGGAUAAUAAAAAUGUUUUGUUCAUAUUUUUUAAACUUCUAGCACUUUCAGCAUCAAGCUAACUUAUACAUGACUGUUAACCUCACUCUUCAGUUGAUGUAAGCAUGGUUGUUUUAUUCAUUGGUGUGUGUGUGUUUUUUAGUUGUGGUUUUUAUGUUUACAUGUAUUUGUACUAUCUGGUGUCAUAAUAAACAGAUUUGAUAAUUUAA